AUGAGCGGCUACGCCCCUCAGAGGCAUCAAGACCGCGCCGUCCUGUCUCGUACUUAUUAUCGCGAGGACGCCAUCGCCUCAGCUUCGGUAUGGGAUCGACUUCAGCAGCCAAGCGUCCUCGUCCCGCUCAUCCUCUUUAUCCUCGGCAUCUUUUACAACUCGCUACACAAGUCUCCCCUGCAUCGGCAUCGCCAUCCAGGCGAAGUCCUCUGGGACUUUAUCGUCACCGCCACGCCCGCCUCGCUGCUCUAUUCUCUCGACGACUGGCUCCACCCGCCCCUCGCUCCGGCCCUGAAGCCUUCGACCACGGCUGCGCGGUCCCAGACAUACACCGCAAAGAGCGAUGCCCUGCGGCGCAUCCUCGGGCUGGACAAACCCGGAAGCAUCAUCAAGACCGUCGCUAGUGCUGGCCUCAAAGGCAUGAACACCUUGUCAACUGCCUCAUUCAUGGGCAAACAUACCGGGUCGAAGUCGCCGCCCGGCUUGACGAACAUCAGCCAGUCUUGCUUCCAAAAUAGUAUUCUCCAAGGGCUUUCGACCUCCAGCUUCUUGCCCGACUACCUUGAGAAGGCUUCGUCAUGCAUCGCUGGAACUUCAGUUGACGGGGCCAGUGGUCCUACGACAACCCUGCGGAUAUUCCUCGCGAGCCUGGUCGACCCCGGGAACAACGGCAGGUCCCUCACAGCGCCCGAAGCACUGAGGAGUCUGAACAUAUGGGAUCAACAGGAUGCGCAAGAGUACUUCAGUAAACUGCUGGAAGGCAUAGACAACGAAGUCAAAGAAGCAGCCCAUGUCCUCAGCAGACACAAGUACCCGGAUCUGGCAUUGCCUGCUGUCAGAGACGAUACUGGAGGCAGCAGCCGACGUAGUAUCGAUAGUGGUUAUCAGUCGCUGUCCGCCGCACCCAGGACAGCUACUGCAGACCAACUGCCAGUCAACCCCUUGGAAGGUUUGGAGGCACACCGCCUCGCGUGUGUCGAAUGUGGCUUUUCUGAAGGCCUGACUCUACAACCGUCGAACUGUCUCACGCUAAACCUCGGCCAUGCAAGCGAGUACGAUAUUUUCAGGGGACUCGACUCGCAUGUCCAGGUGGAGGCCAUCGAGGGGGUUCAAUGUCCUAAAUGCACGCUGCUCAAGCUGCAGCGACUCCUCAAGUUGAUUGUGACGCGGGGAGUAGACGCUGGCCUGUCGGACGAAGCCUUAAGGGAACCUCGGACCCGCUUGGCCGCAGUUGAGACGGCUUUGGAAGAGGAUGACUUCGAGGACGAGACUCUCACCGAGAAGUGCAAGAUCACUUCAGAGCACCGGGUCCGUACGACAAAGAUGAAGCAGACCGUGUUUGCGCGACCGCCUCAAACUCUUGCGCUACAUAUGAACCGGUCCGUCUACAGCGAGCGGGCCACUCUCAAGAAUCCCGCCCCCGUGCGCUUCCCCAGCAUCCUUGAUCUUGGACCAUGGGUACUUGGCAGUGGCGGCGAUUCAUUGCCUGACCCUCAGGGUUCGGGCAGCGACGACAGCUCGCGAAGUCCCCCGCCAGCCAGCGACGUAGAGUAUUGGACGUGUCGUCCGAAGUUCUCCAUCGUUCCUGGUUCUAGGGGGCGUUCGAAGAUGUCCGGUCCAAUAUAUGAAUUGCGCGCUGUCGUUAUCCAUCAAGGCCACCAUUCGAAUGGCCACUACGUGUGUUACAAGAAGCACACCGGCCGCUCCGCAGGGGCUGACCAAGAUGGUGCUGCGGAGAGCAGUGUUUCCCAGCCUUCCGGUGGCACACUCUCCACGGCCUCCACCAAGGAGUCUUCCGCUCUUCCGCUAGACGACGAUAAUGACGACGACGACGACGCCGCCGAGGGCAACAUGACGAAGUGGUGGAGGAUCAGCGACGAGAACGUCUGGGAAGUUGAGGAAGCCGAUGUGCUGAACCAGUCUGGAGUCUUUAUGCUCUUCUAUGACUGUGUAGAUUCCAAGACAGUCUUCAUCUCAGAAACCGAGACAGGGGAAGGGGAGUCCAAAGACCAGGUCCCGUGCGCACCUGAAGAGCCUACAGAAAGGCCGUCCGCGCCGCCGCACUCCAGCAGCAGCGUGCGGCCUUCAUCUUUACUGCCGCUACUUGCUGAAGACGAGAACGUGGAUUCCAGCAUCCCGCUUGGCCGCCCCAAUAGCUAA